GUUCAUUUGGAGAAGUGGGAGUCCAAACUGACCAGUAUGUUGAGUGGCUCAGAGAUUACUGCCAGGCCUUCUUUUAUGGGCUUUCUGUCAAUUUGCUACCAGCAGUUACUGUGGCUGAAACAGGAUGCUCUUUCAGGGUAAACAGCAACUCACACAAUCUUCAAAUUCUUACAGGUGACCUGUUGCGAUUUCUAGAGAAGAGAAAACCCAAAGAUGCUUUCUGCAUUGUUGGAAUCACAAUGAUUGACCUCUACCCCAAAGACUCCUGGAAUUUUGUCUUUGGACAGGCUUCUCUCAGUAUGGGAAUGGGAAUUUUCAGCUUUGCCAGGUAUGAUGACAACUUCUACACCAGAAGCUAUGCCGGGAGGCUGAAGAAGCAGAUCGAGGCGAAACCAGGAGCUUACUCUGUGUUUGAAGGAUACUACACUCCGCCCAUCACCAGCACUCUGCUGCUUCGAUCCUGCAAGACCAUGACCCAUGAGAUUGGUCACAUGUUUGGAAUCAAGCACUGCCAGUGGAUGAACUGUAUCAUGCAGGGCUCUAACCACCUUGAAGAGUCUGAUCGGAGGCCGUUGGAUUUCUGUCCUAUCUGCCUUCACAAACUGCAUGUCUCAGUGGGAUUUCAAAUUGCUGAAAGAUACAAGGCUUUGCUGCUUUGGAUGGAAGAAGAUCUGAGUCAGAUUUCUCGACCAGAGGGGGCAUCUUCUUGUCACGCAUCACUCAGCUAUCCCAAACCCACUGAGGCCUUUCAUGCAUCCAAAUUAUGGCUCCGCAGGUGUUUGGACUUACUUGAAAAACAUUAACUACAGUGAUUUUUUUUUUCCAAAUCUGAACAACAGAACAGGAUGAGAAAAUGCACACAUCUUGCUUUUACAGAUUCUUGAUUGUAUUGCACAAACUGAAGCUUAUGGACAGAUUUUCUAUACUGUUAAAUAUUCCUAUAAAAACAUGAAACCAGUGAGUUUACCUCCUUUUGAGGCUAUCCAGCAUGGAUUUUGUUGUUAAUUUCAGAUUAUUGUCCUCUUAUGAAAUAUAUUCUGUUGUCAUUUACAAUUCAUUUAUGCAAACUGAAGCUUAUUCUUAUUUAUUUGGAUGCRUCCUUGUCAAUUCUCGCUAGUUUUGCAGCCUUAACAAUAUUUGCUGGAACUCUGGAACAGUAAAAAAAAAUGUUUGAUAGGAUUGCUGCUGUUUUCCAUGUUUGGUCUGAUGCACAUUUGAUGACAACAAUGUAAGUUGCCCAGCUUUGAAACAACCUCAACGUUUUUACUACAGGUAGGUCUGGAUAAACAUACAGCCUGAGUAGUUUGUUGCUCAUCUUCUACUCAUUUCUUUUAAAAAUCAAGAGAAAAACACAAAGGGGGGAUUUGAGUUUAUUGUGUUUCUAAAUAUGACAAAAUAUAAAGUAUCUACAUAUACAAAGUCUUUUAAAAACAGUAUUUAAGGGUUGGAAUGCCACCUUUUAUCGCCGACUGCCAAAUAUGAAAGGGCGCAAAUGUUUUUAUCUGUGCAAAAAUGSAUAGAAAUAGUUAUAUAACUCAGGUAUUUUAUGAAUAUUAGCUCAAAUUUGGUAUGGUUGUAGCCRAGGCUAAUUCAUGCGCCAACACUCCUCUUUGCAUGAACUUCCUUAAAACUUUUGAUGUUAGCAUCAACUCUGUUAGCGAAAUAGUUCAUGAAUCAGAGGAUAAGACCUUGAUGAAACUCUCAGAAAGCAGUUCCUGGAUGUACAUCUAGUCUACAACUGAUUAACCUUUGGAGUCAAUUCAACAUCUGCCAACACAACACUGGGAUCAAAAUAGACAAAUAUUGAGCUAAARCRUGGUGUGGUGGUACUCGAGUCAUUUAMGAUGCACUGAGCUCAUACAGUAGAAGGUUGUUUAAAACGUAUUCUUUCAAGAAACAUUUUAAAGUUUUCAGCAUCUACAAUAAGUUUUUAGUAAAAUGAGU